AUGAAAACUUUCUUAGAUCAAACAUGUUGCUUUUAUCAUGUUCAAUCAUCUUUCACCAUGGCAUUUUUUGCAAUGGGAAUGGCGAGUGGCAACUGGCAAUAUUUGAUUUGCCAUGCACUUGAUGGUAGGAUUGAUGAUCAACAUGUUGGACUUGUGAAUUUCAUUCUAAUGAUGACAGCUUCAUUAUCACAUUUCUGGAGAUUAAUUAAUGAAGAAGAAGAAUUUGAUUAUCGCGUGUUAUCAUUUAAGUAG